AUGGUCGGGAAACUGGUUGUCCAAGUGGUCGAUAAACCUGGAUAUUCCGGUAACUGCAAAGCAACGGUUCUGCGCAUCAUGUACAGGAACAUAGUCACCCCUCUGGCUGCAGGCCCUGUAAAGGAUGAACUCGUACAACUCCUGCGAUACGAUCAGAGUUUCGAUGUUGAAGUGGACAUCGUAGGUAUUGAGAAUUGUUUUCGGCCUUAUCUGUUCGCGAUUUCGGCCGGGGCAGUGACUCGUUAUGAAGAAUGCAGGUUUAGCAUGAUUGCCAUGUUGAACUCUACUUUUCAUGAGAAAUGGACAACGAUGUCCCUGUACGAAGCUGAUUCAGACAAGGUUAGAGCCAUGCCGACAAUUUUAGUUACCGUGCAGCCCUAUACAACUCACAACUGGCACCGCCUUCUGCUUGAACUGAUGGAUUUACAGCAGACAACACACCGCCUCCCAGUAGAAUUCCUUCCUGGCGAACUGUGCCAUCUGACUGGGAAUUCUCAGUUCACAUCUAUGCGUAAAGCUGGAUAUCCACAAUUGGGCGACUUCAUUACCGUCGCUGGCGAAUGCGGAGGCGGUACUUUAGGGCUUUUUACGAUCCUCAAAUACGGAGACAAGAAGCAUACAGGUUUUCUAACUAAUUUCCAUGUCGUUAGUCCUGCAGAAUUAGCGAAAAUAGAGACUAAGGCCAAAGCUUAUCUUUGUGGUUCUUUGUCUUUGGACGACCACACCAGGCGCGAAGUAAUUCGCUUUGCGCCCAAAGACAUGGAGGAGACUGUGAUUGACAGGUUGGGGCAGCUUGAGGAACCCAACGCAGAGUUACUCAAACUUCGACAGGGGAAAUACCACCGUGAGAUGGCUGUCGACGAGCUCCCGCACCAUCAUGCUUCUCGCAUCGGCCGGUAUGAGGCUUUUGCUACCCUGCAUCAAAAGCAAAUUGACCGAGCGAUGCCCAUGCCGAUAACCAUUGGCAAGGUUUUAUCUCUAGCGGAAACACGAUUCGGAAUAACCGGGUGA